GGACAUGAGUCGCUUGGGUGGCUCUUGCACCAUUGCGCCUCCCUUCACAUAAACUACUGAGUUGCUGUAGCGCUCUUCACAUUUAGAAACGCUGCAUUCACACAACUAUUAGCCACAUCAAGGUCGAUUUAAUCCGCUGAAGGAAAUAUAUUUAGGAGAGAAGUAGUGAACAGAAAUGUGUAUUCGCUAAUUUCCAAGCGCAUCCCCACGUCAAUACCAUUCUUGUCCAGCAAACGGUAUUCCGGGUGGCGACUGAGGUGCCUCGAUGCUGCUCAAUAGUCAUAACCCGACAAUAUUUUAAAAGACUUCAGAAAUUUGCAUUGAUCUUUCUGAGUAUGGCAUGGCCUUCCCGGGAACUAGGGACCACUAAGCUAUGAAGCUCUUCCCUUCCAGACCUUCCCUGCUCUCCUUCUCCAGUUACUGUCACUUCAUGAGCCUUACCCACUGCUGCUCUCACAACCAUCAUCUCUGCCCAGCCUGGUACUAACAGCGUGGCUCAGACUCACUUCAACACAAAGAAGAAGAAAAAGAGAGCGCGAGAGAAGAGAAGAAAACCCUCCGCAGCUGCCAUCCAGACACACAUGGUGCAUAGCUGCCAUUCCCCAGGCUCCCUCCAUCCCCGCGGCCUGACCUCUAGCUAGCUCCUCGCACCCAUCACACAGCCUAGCCCACGGCCUGCCCAAGGGAUAUAAAUAGGCUACAUCAAUCCAGUGUGUGGAGCCUGUUCUUGUGUUGCCUUUUUUUCCAGGGCACACACGCCCGGUGGGGGUCACACCCAUUUGUUUUCGGCCUUCCCACUGCCUGGAUCAGUGAAAGCUAGUGGUGGGACCGAAGAGGGAGAGACGAGGCCGAGACCAUGGAGGUCAAUAUGGAGUACUGUCUGGCCCAGGUGGUGCAGAAAGACCUGGGGAGGAAGGUGCAGGUGGGACAGGAGCUCAUAGAUUACAUCCUGGAUAAGGAUAGGUCCCAGGAUCUGGAACAAGACCAGACAGGUCUGGACAGGAUGGUGGACAGCAUCGCUACCACCUGGGUCAACUGUUCCAACUUCAAGGUGGCUUUGCUUGGAAUAGACCUUUUAUCUGUCCUAGUGACAAGGUUACAGGACCGAUUUAGGAACCAUGUGGGAACAGUACUGCCCAGUCUGAUAGAUCGUCUGGGGGAUUCCAAAGACCAAGUCAGAGACCAAGAUCAAAUCCUGCUGCUGAAGAUCAUGGAGCAGGCUGCCACCCCACAGUACGUGUGGGACAGAAUGCUGGGAGGCUUCAAACACAAGAACAACAGGACCAGAGAGGGAGUGUGCCUUUGUCUCAUCUCAACGCUCAACAUGUACGGAGCCCAAGGCUUAACCCUCAGUAAAAUAGUCCCUCACAUAUGCAAUCUACUAGGAGAUCCCACCAGUCAGGUGAGAGACGGAGCUAUGGGCUGCCUGGUGGAGAUCUACAGACAUGUGGGGGAGAGGGUGAGGAUGGACCUCAGCAAGAAGGGCCUACCACAGUCACGGUUGAAUGUAAUCUUCAGUAGAUUUGAUGAAGUCCAAAGAUCUGGGAACAUGAUCCCAUCCUCGGGUUCAGAUAAGAACUUUGAUGAUGAGGACUCUGUGGACGGGGGCAGGUCCUGCUCCUCCGCAUCGUCCUCCAAGGCGCCCCCCAGCGGGAGGAGGACUGUAGCUGCAGCUUCUGUCCGCAGGCCCAGCUCUGCCACCGGACCCGGCAAGAUCUCUGCUAAAGAUGCUGCUGCAGGAGCAGUAGAUGAGGAGGACUUCAUCAAGGCUUUUGAAGAGGUUCCUACUAUCCAGAUCCACUCCAACAGAGAGAUGGAGGACAACCUCUCCAAGGUCCGGGAGGUUCUGUCUGAUGACAAAAACGACUGGGAGCACAGAGUCAUCGCUCUGAAGAAGGUGCGUUCUCUGCUCCUGGCUGGAGCGCUGGAGUAUGAUAGUUUCCCUCAGCAACUCCGUCUGCUGGAGGCCCCUCUGAAGCUGUCUGCUAAAGACCUGAGGUCCCAGGUGGUACGAGAGGCCUGCAUCACACUGGGAUACCUGUCCACGCUAAUGGGCAACAAGUUUGACCACUGUGCAGAGACCCUGAUGCCCACACUGCUCAACCUGGUGCCCAACAGUGCCAAGGUGAUGGCCACGUCUGGCAUGGCAGCCAUACGUCUCAUCCUCAGGCAUACACACUACUCACGUCUCAUCCCAAUCAUCACUAGUAACUGCACGUCCAAAUCAGUGGCAGUCAGACGACGCAGUUAUGAGUUCCUAGAGCUGUUAUUACUGGAGUGGCAGACACACACACUGGAGAGGCACGUGGCUAUUCUGACGGAGACCAUCAAGAAAGGGAUCCAUGAUGCCGACUCAGAGGCCAGGUCCGUGGCCAGAAAGUGUUAUUGGGGUUUCCAUGGCCACUAUAGCAGGGAAGCGGAGCAUCUUUUCCAGGCCCUGGAGUCGACCUAUCAGAAGGCUCUCCAGUCUCACCUGAAAAGUUCUGACAGCGUUGUGUCCCUCCCCCAAUCAGACCGCUCAUCCUCCUCCUCUCAGGAGAGUCUCAAUGGCUUCAACUCUCUUACUAACUCCCUGUGUGUUUUGUUUUCUACAGGUCGUGUGCGUACGAGGAGGACAAGCGCUGGCAGUGCCGUCGGAGCCAGCGCUACUGUGACUGACAGCAGGGGGCGCAGCCGAGCCAAAAUGGUAUCCCAGUCCCAGCGAUCCAGAUCUGCUAACCCCACUGGCGGUGGUAAGGCCCGGACUUCAUCCAAUCAGACUGGCAGUCGCUCCAGUUCCCCUGGCAAGCUGCUGGGCCACUCGUCUGGGUACGGGAGGAUCAGCAGGCCCCCCUCAGCCUCCAGCACCCCUGCAGACAAGAGGAGCAAGGUCCCCCGCAGCCAGGGCUGCAGUAGAGAUUCCUCUCCCAGCCGACUGGGACUAGCGAGGAGCCGUAUCCCCCGGCCCAGCAUGAGUCAGGGCUGCAGCAGGGAAACCUCUAGGGAAAGCAGCCGAGACACCAGCCCUGCUCGGUGUUUCAAGCCUCUUGAUCGGUUUGGUUUGAUUCACCAGGACCGUAUCUCUGCCUCAGUAAAUGCCAUGAGAGUCCUCAACACUGGCACUGAGGUGGAGGCUGCUGUGGCUGAUGCACUGCUGUUAGGAGACUCCAGAAAUAAUAAGAGGAAGCCUAUGAGGCGGCGGUAUGAGUCUCCGGGUAUCUAUUCUGACGACGAUGCUAACAGCGACGCAUCCAGUGCAUGCUCAGAGCGCUCAUACGGGUCCAGGAACGGAGGUAUCCCUCACUACCUGCGUCAAACGGAGGAUGUGGCGGAGGUGCUAAACCACUGUGCCAGCUCCAACUGGUCAGAGAGGAAGGAGGGGCUGCUGGGUCUGCAGAACCUACUCAAGAACCAAAGAAUACUCAGCCGAGUGGAGCUGAAGAGACUAUGUGAGAUCUUCAGCAGGAUGUUUGCAGAUCCACACAGCAAGAGAGUGUUUAGUAUGUUUCUGGAGACUCUGUUGGACUUUAUCUUGGUGCAUAGAGAAGACCUGCAGGACUGGCUGUUUGUCCUGCUCACCCAGCUACUGAAGAAGAUGGGAGCUGACCUGCUGGGGUCUGUCCAGGCCAAGGUCCAGAAGGCUCUGGACAUCACCAGGGAGUCUUUUCCGUUUGAUCACCAGUUCAACAUCCUGAUGAGGUUCAUUGUUGACCAGACACAGACACCCAACCUCAAGGUGAAGGUGGCCAUUCUGAAGUACAUAGAAUCACUGGCAAGACAGAUGGAUCCGACAGACUUUGUCAACUCCAGUGAAACACGACUGGCUGUAUCUCGCAUCAUUACCUGGACCACAGAGCCCAAGAGCUCCGACGUCAGGAAGGCAGCCCAGGUUGUGCUGAUCUCUCUGUUUGAGCUGAACACUCCAGAGUUCACCAUGCUGCUGGGAGCCUUGCCCAAGACCUUCCAGGACGGGGCCACCAAGCUGCUUCAGAACCACCUGAAGAACUCCAGCAACACCAGCAGCGUGAGUUCUCCCAGCAACACUAUUGGGCGGACCCCAAGCCGGCACCCCCCAAGCCGGACCAGCCCUCUCACUUCCCCAACCAACUGCUCCCAUGGGGGGCUAUCUCCCAGUCGGUUGUGGGGUGGGUGUUGGAGUGGCGAUGGGCUACCUAAGCACCCUCCUCCCCCUCAUCCUCCUCCACCUCACUCCACCCCCGCCGGCCCCGCCCUCAGGGUCCUCCGCAGAGCGUACUCUCCCAGUAUGUUGGAGUAUGACACAGAGAACAUGAACUCUGAUGAGAUCUACAGCUCCCUGCGAGGGGUCACAGAGGCCAUCCAGAGCUUCAGCUACCGCAGCCAGGAGGACCUCAACGAGUUGAGAGGGAAGAGGGACGAUGCUGCGGGACGGGAAGGUGUGGCGCCCUCUCCAGGCUCUGAUGCCCGCCUGGGGCUGGAUGUGGUGGAGGGUGGGCGUACGGCCCUGGAUAACAAGACCUCCCUUCUCAACACCCCGUCCCCCCGCUCCUUCUCUGGGCCGCGAACCAGGGAGUUCGCCCCCUACGGAUACGGAGACACCAUCACCUCAUCCUACGACAAGAGCGCCCUGAAGGAGGCCGUGUUUGAUGACGACGUGGAGCAGUUUAGAGACUGCCGUCGGCAGGACAGCAGUGGUGAAAACAAGAUGGUGCUCUCUAAGGGCUUUGCUCCAGGUUCCCAGGACCACUCGGACCUGGUUGCAGACCUGCUGAAGGAACUGUCAAAUCACAAUGAACGCGUGGAGGAGCGUAAAGGGGCGCUGGUGGAGCUCCUGAAGAUCACCCGGGAGGACAGCCUGGCCGUGUGGGACGAACACUUCAAGACCAUCCUCCUACUGCUCCUGGAGACACUGGGGGAUAAAGACUACACUAUCCGGGCCAUGGCACUGAGGGUACUGAAGGAGAUACUGCGGAACCAGCCGGCCCGCUUCAAGAACUACGCUGAACUCACCAUCAUGAAGACCCUGGAGGCACACAAAGACUCCCACAAGGAGGUGGUAAGAGCAGCGGAGGAGUCUGCCUCCACCCUAGCCAGCUCCAUCCACCCAGAGCAGUGUAUCAAGGUGCUGUGUCCCAUCGUUCAGACGGCUGACUACCCCAUCAACCUGGCUGCCAUCAAGAUGCAGACCAAGGUGAUCGAACGCAUCACCAAGGAGUCCCUGCACCAGCUGCUGCCUGACAUCAUACCAGGACUACUGCAGGGCUAUGACAACACAGAGAGUAGUGUUCGCAAGGCCAGCGUGUUCUGUCUGGUGGCCAUCUACUCCGUGAUUGGAGAAGAGCUCAAACCACACCUGCAGCUACUCACGGGCAGCAAGAUGAAGCUGCUGAACUUGUACAUCAAGAGGGCUCAGACAACCAACAGCAACAGCAGCAGUUCCUCGGAUGUCUCUUCACACAGCUAGCUGUAGGAGCAGAGGGAGGGAAACACACAUCCGUCUGCCUGUACUGUGCAUAUGAAUUAGGGGGGAAAGGUUGCUUCCCAAAUUGGCAUCCUUUUCCCUAUAUAGUGCACUACUGUUGUGCUCUGGCCAGAAGUAGUGCACUAUAUAGGGAUAGGGUGCCAUUUGGGACAGAUUCAUAGUCGUGCCUCUUCCAGACCUCUCCAUUCCUGAUCUUUUCUUCUCUCCUUCACCCCACUGGACUCCUGGGUGAUCUGCUCAUCGCUCCAACCACCGCUUCACUUACUUUGCUCUUUUUUCCCCCCAUGGAACUUGUACCUUCAUUUGUCUCGUCCCGUCGUUGUCGACCCCCCCCCCCCCCCCCCCCCGCCCCCAGCUAUUAUGACGCAUCACUAGCAAUGUGUUGCAAGGUAAAGAUCAGAUAUUCAUUAUGUUGAGCAUUCAGAGUGUAGGGAUGGAAACGUAACCAAGGGUUAUGAUAUGGUCCAAUAAGAAUGGUAUGUAUGGUCCAAUACUAAAUAAUACCCUGAUAUUGAUUCAGCAAAAACAAAACAUCCCUUCAAAUGCAAUUGUAUGAGUAAACACAGCCUGAAACAUCACAGUAGAAUAGGCCCUUCACGUUUAACCAGGAAGUCCCAUUGAGGUCGGAAGACCUGUCAAGGGGGACCACAUGACAGUCGGUUUGUGAUAAAGAAUCAUAUGGCUGGCCCAGUGAGGAUACAAAGCCCCUAUAAACAGUUUAGGAACAAUGAAAACCAAAUAUGUCAGCGAAUGAAGUAGAAUUAGUCGAUUGAGGUAUGACGUUAUACAAUCCUAUAAAAAGUGAGUGAAGGAAACAUUUUAAUAAAAAAAUGUUACGUAUGUCUAUCAUUAUAAAGACUAACUUAAGCCCAGGUAAGCUAACACUAUUUUUUUAUUGUUAGUAUCCAUUAGUUUGGGAGAAAUUAUAAUGAAACAUUAUCAGAGGCCAACUUCCAGCUAAUAGCUUGGCUAUAUCAUGAGAAAAAAUUGAAGUAUUGUUUUUAAAUAGAUGGUGACCUUCAUUUUUUCAACCAAAAAUUGGCAAUCUAAAAUUGAAGCUGUUCAAAAUAAGGAGAGCGGUAAAGAUGCAACAGUGUCUGAAGUUAGCAAAUCUGUCUUUCCAACUCACAAUCAAUUAUUGUUGUGGUUAACUCCAUUUCCAUUGUCAAAUAAAAACAAAUAUUAAGGGAAGAAAAUGCACCAUUACAUUUCUUUACAUUCCCUGAAUCAAUCAAGUGAAAUUGAAUGGAUCACUUCCAACUCAUAGAAUUAGAAUGAGUGUUCACAACCUACUCAAUGUCCAUGUUGCUAAUGAUGUCACACUGAAUGAGUGUUCACAACCUACUCAAUGUCCAUGUUGCUAAUGAUGUCACACUGAAUGAGUGUUCACAACCUACUCAAUGUCCAUGUUGCUAAUGAUGUCACACUGAAUGAGUGUUCACAACCUACUCAAUGUCCAUGUUGCUAAUGAUGUCACACUGAAUGAGUGUUCACAACCUACUCAAUGUCCAUGUUGCUAAUGAUGUCACACUGAAUGAGUGGGCCAUUAUAAGUCAUGACAACAUACAAACUUGUCAGUGAAAACACUAAACAAAUCCAAAGUGUCACGUUUAUUUAUUUCCUCCCUCUUCCCACCUAUGUUGCCAGAUUAUAGCAUUGAUGCUGCUGUUUAUAACGUAUACCUGUCUGAUAAGUAACAACCCUACACUUAUUGAUAAUGCGAAUAUUACAGGCUCAGUUUUGGAAGGAGAUCAGUGGAUUCAUUGAGACAGACUCCUAGUCCUGGAUUAAAAACGAUUCUCAAUGGAGAAUAUCUAUUAAAAGUAUGUUUUAGUCCUAGUCUUAAUAUGCGUCCAGGAAACCGUCCCAACUAGGUUUAUGUUCAUUUUCCACAGUAAUGUUUGGAUCACUUCUCCUGUUGAAAAACAGGAUAGAUGUACAUACAGAAGCUCUCAGCUCUUAAAAAUGUGAAACCAUUACUCCAGGAACUACAAUAAACUGUCUUGCAAACCGAUACAAUAAUAUCCACCACGAUGAUGCAAAUGUUAGUUGUUUAUAAUAAUACAGUAUUACACCCAUCUUCUCAUCACCUUCCUUUCACGCAACUACAGCUUUUGCAAUAAAGAAAAUACCAUGAUGAGCAAAUUUAAGUAUUUUGUACAUAACUCUUGAUCAAUCACCACUUCGCAACUUUCGUGUAAUGAAAUAAAAAGGUUGGCUCUCUCACUUUUUUUGCACGCUAGCGAAUUAACUUGCAUGUUUUUGGGCAGCACAUCCACUUGGUGCUGCCUUUAAUCGAUGGGUCCUGUUUUCGCUGUUGAAGUGCACUUGUAACCGCAUCAGUUUGGUCAGCCUUUACAACAACAGGUAGCCACCUGGCAGGAAUACACUCACAGAACUACGAAGACUCUGUCUGCCCUAGACAACUGUGUACACUGUACAGGACCUAACCGUCUCAAGAUGCCAAGCAGACAUAUACAGUACUGGGUCUCCUUUAGUACAGUACUACAUAUUUGGGCAUGUGACUUUAUAAAGGUACACUGUGUGUGCGUGCCUUGUUACCAUAGUAAAGUGUGUGGCAUCUAUUUCCAUCUGUUGAACAUUUUAAAAAAUGACACUAAUUGUUUGCUUUGUUUGUUUUUAAAUGGGGCCAUCAUCCUUUUGUAAGUAUGUUAAUUUUAUUUGAUUGUGUGUUAGAGAGAAGCCAAUUGUUUUGUUAAAGACAGAAAGUACUGUAUUGGCUGAUCUGGCUGAAGAUCUGGAUCAUUAUCUGCUGGUGAUGAUGGUCCCUAAGAGAAGCUAAUCCUAGCAAUCUGUUCCCUUUGCAUGUUAUUGUGUUUGUUUCUAUUGUUUUGUCAUUUAAGAUUCAUAUCUGUAUUUAUGAUAGUUUUAUUUUAGUUGUAGUUUUUCAUGACAACUUGUACAGAAGGGUUUCGUUAACAUCCACCUGUGAUAAAUGAUUUGCCUCAAUGUACAUUGGUUUGCUUUAGAAAUAAACGAACAUUCAAGUUGA